AACCACAAUACCCAUGAGGCACCUGGACUCACAACAAAUGUGUCGAUGUCAAACAUUGCUCUCAAUGAAGCCGGCAUUUUAAUUUCUGCUGCGACAUGAGGUGCUGUUUUCUGUAGCCGCUAGCCAACUAUGGCACCAGGAAAUGUGGCGGCAGCCCAUGCCAAGCAGUUGAAGUCUAAGGAGAAGCGGCCUGGAAACGGGGCUUCCAAAGCAGACUUUGAGCCUGAUGGGUCCUUUGUCUUUGAGGCUCAUGAGGCUUGGAAGGACUUCCAUAACUCACUCAGGCAUUUCUACGAGGUUGGGGAGCUCUGUGAUGUUACGCUGAAGGUUGGAAAUAAGUUAAUACCAUGCCACAAGCUAGUGCUGGCUUGUGUUAUCCCUUACUUCAGGGCCAUGUUUUUGUCGGAUAUGUCAGAGGCUAAGCAGGAACUGAUAGAAAUCAAGGAUUUUGAUGGUGAUGCUAUUCAGGACCUGGUGCAUUUUGCCUACUCCUCCAAGCUCACAUUAACAGUUGACAAUGUCCAGCCACUGCUUUAUGCUGCCUGCAUUCUUCAGGUGGAGUUAGUGGCAAGAGCCUGCUGUGAGUACAUGAAGGUCCACUUUCACCCCACCAACUGUCUGGCGGUUCGUACCUUUGCUGAGAGCCACAACCGUGUGGACCUAAUGGACAUGGCUGACCGCUAUGCCUGCGAACACUUCACUGAGGUUGUUGACUGUGAGGACUUCACAUGCGUGUCACCCCAGCACUUGCGCACACUGUUGUCUUCCAGUGAGCUCAAUAUCCACUCAGAGACACAGGUGUACAAUGCAGCAAUAAAAUGGCUGAAAGCAAACCCACAGCACCACAAGGCCUGGCUGGAACAGAUCAUGUCUCAGGUGCGCCUCCCUUUGCUCCCUGUAGACUUCUUAACUGGAACAGUGGCUAAGGAUGAGAUGAUCAAAGGUAACCUGAGUUGUCGUGACCUCAUGGACGAAGCCAGGAACUACCACCUCCACAUCAGCAAUAAGGUGGUGCCAGAGUUUGAGUAUUCAGUCCGCACCAUACCCCGGAAACACACCGCAGGUGUAUUGUUCUGUGUGGGUGGCCGGGGAGGUUCUGGCGACCCGUUUCGCAGCAUCGAGUGCUACUCCAUCACUAAGAACAGCUGGUUUUUUGGCCCUGAAAUGAACAGCAGACGGCGUCAUGUGGGUGUAAUCUCUGUAGGAGGAAAAGUUUAUGCUGUUGGAGGCCAUGAUGGUAAUGAACAUUUAGGCAGCAUGGAGAUGUUUGACCCUCUCACCAACAAGUGGAUGAUGAAAGCCUCGAUGAACACCAAAAGGAGGGGUAUAGCCCUAGCAGCUCUUGGCGGUCCUAUCUAUGCCAUUGGAGGUCUGGAUGACAACUCCUGCUUCAAUGACGUGGAGCGUUAUGACAUUGAAAGUGAUUGCUGGAGCGCCGUGGCUCCAAUGAACACACCCAGAGGAGGAGUGGGGUCUGUGGCACUGGGGAGUUUUGUGUAUGCAGUUGGAGGCAACGAUGGCGUGGCUUCGCUAUCCAGUGUGGAGCGGUUUGACCCUCACCUUAACAAGUGGACAGAGGUCAGCGAGAUGGGCCAGCGGCGGGCUGGGAAUGGAGUUAGCAAACUGAACAGCUGCCUCUAUGUAGUGGGUGGUUUUGAUGACAACUCACCUCUGAGCUCUGUAGAGCGCUUUGACCCACGAAUGGACCGCUGGGAGUAUGUGUCUGAGCUGACCACACCCCGUGGUGGGGUCGGGGUCGCCACUGUAAUGGGAAGAGUGUUUGCAGUCGGAGGCCACAAUGGGAACAUCUACCUGAACACGGUGGAGGCUUUUGAGCCUCGAAUGAACAGGUGGGAGCGGGUGGGUUCGGUGUCUCACUGUCGUGCCGGUGCCGGAGUGGCUGUCUGUUCGUCUCAUGUCAGCCAGAUCAGGGACAUCGGCCAGGGCUCCAGCAACGUGGUCAACUGCAUGUGACUGCCGCAUAUUUACCAGUCUUUGGACUCUGGAUGGAUGCUGAAAAGAGGCAAACCAAAGAGAAGAUGCUCAGAGAGCUGAUGACCUGGAGCUUGAACACAUCACAAACAUUACCAGACUCUGGGUUAAGAGGAAAAACUAGGAUGUGUUGAAACGCACCUUAAAAGGUGAACACAGAAAGGUAAAUAUGGACAGAAGACAAAUUCUUCUGCAGCUGUUCGGCAUCGCUGCUCUUCUUGCUGGUGGUAAGUCUAUAUAUUUUGGAUUUAAAAAAAAAAAAAAAUUUUCUAAAAUUGAAGCUCGAUCCCGAGACAGGAAUUUUAAUGGUCAACCACCUGAGAAAUGGAAUAAAAUGUGUUUUUAGCCAAUGAGCUGAGGCGGCUGUGGAGGACAUGAACUGAGUGCAGACCUGGGAUGGAAAUUUAUCAGAAUGACGAAAUACACAUACAAGAUCUUUCUAAACAUUUUGUAUUUUGUUCCAUAUUUAAGAACAGUUUUCAGCUAAGUUUUACUCAUCUCUGUUGUGAUCCCUAAUAAGAUCAGUCAUUUUAAGAUGUGCUUAAAUGUCACAUCUUAAAAUGUGAAGAUGUCUUAACACUAGGUUAUUUUACUGCCAUGUUUUUUUUUUUUGUUUGUUUGUUUUUUACACAACCAAUUGUCUUUAUAAACAAAAGGUGGUUUAUGCUUGUAGGUGGUUUAACUGGCAAAAGUUGCAGUUUUUUAUGUUCUAAUUGUUCUUUAAAUCAGCUGACGUGAAAGUCAAAGUAAGCAGUGGUUUAAUCUUCUGAUAGAGGGUUUUCAGUAUCUGAUGCGUCUGUAGCAUCAUAGUGCGCUCAUCUCUUUACAUCGUGCAGAGUGUUCUUUAAGGAUGUGUGCAAAACAUGUGAUUCUAUAGUGUCUGUGAAGCUGUUAAAGUCAAACAUUACCCAAAGGUUUGUGUGAGGUUCUGAGAGUUGGUCGACGUGGCUGGACUGCAGCUCUGUCAUGGGACUUUUAUGAUCAAUGCACAUUCAAAUGAAUCAUUCACAUCAACUGAGUAUUUUUACUUAUCAACCAGUGAAAGCUAAGGGCUGAAAGAUGUUAUACCAUUAUGUCUAAUCAUGCAGCAACACUACAUACAUCCAUAUUUAAAAAACGAAUUAUUUAAACCAAAUAAAUUCUGAGAUUAAUAGACUGAAUAUUAUUUAACAUGUACCGAUGAGUGACACAAGGAAAACUACAGUAACGUGAAGUGCACAACAUAGUUUUUAGUGUCUCAGCACUCAUUAAAGGCAUUCAUUAAUUUAGAGCUGCAACUAUUAGUCAGUUAAUUAAUGAGCAGUUAACCAUCAACUAUUAUGAAGCAAAAAUCACCCA